UGUCAUCCUGCGAGGCCUGACAGCAGAAGAUGGCGGCCAUGGCGGGCGGCGGCGGCGGCGGCGUGAACCCGUUCCUGAGCGACACGGACGAGGACGACGACGAGGUGGCGGCGCGGCGGCCCGGGCUGCGGCUGGGCCCGGACCCCGGCUCGGCGGACUCGCUGUCGCCGCAGGACCCCGCGGCGGCGUCGGGGAGCGCGGCCCGGCCCGGCCUGCCCGGGGAGGCGGCGGCGGCGGCGGCGAUGACAGCGACAGCGGCCCCGACCCCGGCCCCGGGCAGCGGCGCGGAGACCCCGGCGCGCCUGUCGGUGGACGCCAUCGCGGCGCAGCUGCUGCGCGACCAGUACCUGCUCACCGCCCUGGAGCUGCACACCGAGCUGCUGGAGAGCGGCCGCGAGCUGCCCCGCCUGCGCGACUACUUCUCCAACCCGGGCAACUUCGAGCGGCAGAGCGGCACCCCGCCCGGCUUUGGGGCGCCGGGCUUCCCGGGAGCGGCGGGCCUCGGCGCGGCGGGAGGAGGGCGAGAGCCCAGCACGGCGUCUGGCGGGGGGCAGCUCAAUCGAGCUGGGAGCAUCAGUACCCUUGAUUCUUUAGACUUUGCAAGAUAUUCAGAUGAUGGUAACAGGGAGACAGAUGAAAGGGUAGCAGUCCUGGAGUUUGAACUACGGAAAGCCAAGGAGACCAUUCAGGCCCUCCGAGCCAACCUAACAAAGGCUGCAGAACAUGAAGUUCCUUUACAGGAACGAAAAAAUUACAAAUCAAGUCCUGAAAUUCAGGAGCCAAUCAAACCUCUUGAAAAGAGAGCUCUAAACUUCUUAGUCAAUGAAUUUUUAUUGAAGAAUAACUAUAAGCUUACAUCAAUAACCUUUUCAGAUGAAAGUGAUGAUCAGGAUUUUGAACUGUGGGAUGAUGUAGGACUAAACAUUCCAAAACCUCCAGAUUUAUUGCAACUCUACAGAGAUUUUGGAAAUCAUCAAGUGACCAGGAAAGAUCUUGUGGAUGUGGCCAGUGGGGUCCAAGAAGAUGAAUUAGAGACUAUUUCACCAGUUUUGGGCAACGUUCCUCCAAACCUUGAACCUCAGACUGUUGAGAGUUCUUUGCUAAUACAGAAAUUAGAAGAUAAAAUUACGUUAUUAAAUGAUGAAAAAUGGUCUUUGAUGGAGCAAAUCAGAAAACUUGAAAGUGAAAUGGACUUCCUCAAAAAUGAGCACUUUACAACUUCAGUCGUUUGUGACUCUGUUCAUCCUUCUUUACAUAAGUCACUCCACAAAGACUCUGAAGACAGUGAGCAGAAUCCUGUUGUAAAUAGCUCAGACCAGGGGAUAAGCAAGGAUACCCAUAUUUCAAAGGCUGAUGAAGUGGAUUCCACCUUUCCUAAAGAGAACCUCCCAAAUUCUCUUCCCAGGAAAGAUAGAGAAGGAAUGUCAUCCUCCUCACCACCAAGUAAACCUACAGUUCACUUUGACAAACCCAAUAGAAAAUUGUCUCCUGCUUUCCACCAAGCCCUGCUCUCCUUUUGUCGAAUGUCAGCAGAUAGUCGUUUAGGAUCAGAGGUGUCUAGGAUUGCAGAUAGUGAGAAAAACGUUAUGUUAAUGCUGGGUCGCUGCCUGCCACACAUCGUUCCUAACGUUCUGUUGGCAAAGAGAGAGAGAAUGGUUUUGCACCUCUGUCAGGAGCUGAUCCCCCUCAUUCUCUGUACAGCUUGCCUUCACCCUGAGCCUAAAGAGAGAGAUCAGCUGCUCCAUAUUCUUUUCAAUUUGAUCAAGAGACCAGAUGAUGAGCAAAGGCAAAUGAUACUUACAGGCUGUGUGGCAUUUGCGCGUCAUGUUGGACCAACACGUGUAGAGGCAGAACUUUUACCACAGUGCUGGGAACAGAUCAAUCACAAAUAUCCAGAAAGACGAUUACUGGUGGCGGAAUCCUGUGGAGCAUUAGCACCUUACCUUCCUAAAGAAAUCCGUAGCUCCUUGGUUCUUUCAAUGCUGCAACAGAUGUUAAUGGAAGAUAAGGCAGAUUUGGUCAGAGAAGCUGUAAUCAAAAGCCUUGGUAUUAUUAUGGGCUACAUUGAUGAUCCAGACAAAUAUCAACAGGGUUUUGAAUUACUACUCUCCGCCUUAGGCGACCCCUCAGAACGAGUCGUUAGUGCAGCCCAUCAAGUCUUCUUACCAGCGUAUGCAGCCUGGACGACAGAGCUUGGCAACUUGCAGUCUCACCUUAUACCUACAUUGCUCACCAAGAUUGAAAAGCUUCUCAGGGAAGGAGAGCACGGGCUGGACGAACACAAGCUGCACAUGUAUCUGUCUGCUUUGCAGUCUCUCAUCCCACCUCUGUUUGCACUAGUGCUUCAGAAUGCGCCUUUCUCCAGCAGAGCCAAGUUGCAUGGUGAAGUGCCACAGAUAGAAGUGACAAGGUUCCCACGGCCUAUGUCGCCUCUUCAGGAUGUGUCUACUAUUAUCGGAAGCCGUGAACAGCUGGCAGUGCUGCUACAACUUUACGAUUACCAGCUAGAACACGAGGGAACAACUGGCUGGGAGAGUUUACUGUGGGUUGUCAAUCAAUUGUUACCACAACUUAUAGAAAUAGUUGGCAAAAUUAAUGUUACUUCAUCUGCCUGUGUCCAUGAAUUUUCCAGAUUUUUCUGGCGCCUUUGCAGGACAUUUGGCAAAAUCUUUACAAACACUAAGGUCAAACCUCAGUUUCAAGAGAUCUUAAGACUGUCUGAAGAAAACAUUGAUUCCUCAGCAGGAAAUGGGGUCCUCACUAAAGCAACAGUCCCCAUUUAUGCAACAGGAGUCCUUACAUGUUAUAUUCAGGAAGAAGACCGGAAACUCUUGGUUGGAUUCUUAGAAGACGUGAUGACUCUGCUUUCCUUGUCGCACGCUCCUCUUGAUAGCCUGAAAGCUUCUUUUGUUGAAUUAGGUGCAAAUCCAGCCUACCAUGAGUUAUUAUUAACUGUUCUGUGGUAUGGUGUUGUACACACUUCAGCACUUGUGAGGUGUACUGCUGCUAGAAUGUUUGAGCUGUUGGUGAAGGGGGUGAAUGAAACUCUGGUAGCUCAGAGGGUUGUUCCUGCUCUCAUUACUCUCUCCAGUGACCCUGAAAUCUCCGUCAGGAUCGCCACCAUCCCAGCCUUUGGCACUAUUAUGGAAACAGUUAUUCAGAGAGAGUUGCUAGAAAGAGUGAAAAUGCAGUUGGCUUCUUUCCUGGAAGAUCCUCAGUAUCAAGACCAGUAUUCUUUGCAUACAGAGAUCAUAAAAACAUUUGGCCGAGUUGGGCCUAAUGCAGAACCAAGGUUUCGAGAUGAAUUUGUUAUUCCACAUUUGCAUAAAUUAGCCUUGGUGAACAACUUACAAAUUGUGGAUUCCAAAAGACUGGACAUUGCUACACAUCUAUUCGAAGCCUACAGUGCCCUCUCCUGCUGCUUCAUUUCAGAGGAUUUAAUGGUUAAUCAUUUUUUACCUGGCCUCCGAUGUUUACGCACUGAUAUGGAGCACCUUUCCCCCGAGCAUGAGGUUAUUUUAAGUUCCAUGAUUAAAGAAUGUGAACAAAAAAUAGAGAACAAGACUGUUCAAGAGCCUCAAGGCUCAAUGUCGAUUGCUGCAAGCUUAGUGAGCGAAGAUACAAAGACAAAGUUUUUGAACAAAAUGGGCCAGUUAACAACUUCCGGUGCCAUGUUGGCCAAUGUGUUUCAGAGAAAGAAAUAACUCGAGAAGAAAGACCCCUGGAAACACUAAGAUGGACCUCAAGCAGACCCGCUCCUUGUACUUGAAGUACUUUUAUUUGUCUUACAUUCUUGCAUUAUACUUUUCUCCUAACCUCCAAAGAUAUUUGCACUGCUUUUAAUUGCUGUAUAUCUGUUUGUUUUUGGAGUUGUGGCUGUGGUGAUGGAAAAUUGAGUCUGCAGUCUAGACUCCAAGUCCCUCUUCUGUGUUCUUGUCUUUUGAAAUAAUUUUUAUAUAUAUAUACAUAUAUAUGGUGAAGAGUUGUUUUGUUUUUUUAUUUUAAUUUUUGGAUGGGAUAUCAGCAAAUAUCUGUAUUAUACACUAAGCUAUUACAAUGGUACUUAAAAUAAUGUAAAUUUGAAGUCAUUGUUAUAAAGUAAUAAAGUGGAGAUUACUUAAGUAUUUAAAUUAUGAAGAAUAAUGCAGACUUUUUAUUGUUUCUUAACUGACUAGAAAGAGCCACCAGCAUUACUCUGUGCCUUUGGACUUCAGUUUGUGUGUCUGUAGGAACUGUUUGCAUUCCAUUCACACAGUCUAUAGUGCUGUGCUGAAUUUGAAUUACAAAUCCUACAGUAAGUAGACAAUAAUGAAACUCUCAACAUUUCAAAGCUCUCAUGAAUAUUCUUUAAGUGCUAUUUAAGUCUCCCUAGCAUUUACAUGCGUGAAAUGAAUUUACCUGAGGAAAGAUAGCACAUAAGCAGAGGGAGUGGUACCAAGGUGAAUUUUACAAACUGGUGUGUAAUAGAUUCAAAUAUAUGUAAGAAGUGAGAAUAAUUGUAAAAUUGUUUCCCGAGUUGAAUUGCUAAAGAAAGUAUGAUUUAUAUCUUAAAUUUAAAGCUUACUUGCUUAAAAAAAAAUUAAAGGCUAUUUUCCAGUGAUUUUAAUUUCAACGAUUAUCUUUUUAUUCUGUGUGUUACAGAAAAGUACCGAAAAGUUAAGGACAUUGCAGGUUGGGCUAAAAAAGGACUUUGGAUAAAGGAUGGCUAACAGGUAGUUAUCACCUUGCUCCUUAAAGUUAGUGGCCCUUCUUGAGUAUUUAUUACUUAGUCUUAAGUCAGUGUACAGUUACCCUGGAAUUUAGUGGUUGUUUAUACAGUAAUACAACUUGGCGUAGAAAAGAGAGCUACUGAAUUUAGAAGGAGGUGAUUGGUGUGAGGGGUUAAUGUGAGGCCUUUUUAAAAAAAUUAAUAUUUUGAUAAGAGAAUUCUCAUUUGAGCACAGUUGAUGCACAUAGUAAUUCUCCCAUUUGUUGUACAGACUGGUUUGAUAUUCUCCAAGCAUAGCUGAGUUACAUUCACUUCCUGGGAAAGCUAGUUUACCGCACAGUCAAGCUUAAAACAAGUUGCCAUAGGCAAAGCCACUUCAAAGUUCCUGCUGAAAUGACAUCUCUUACCUACAGUGUUAGCUAGUGCUUCUGAAAACUGUUGGAUUCUAGGCAUUCCUGAGAAACUGAAAGUGGCUUCUUUUCAUGUCAAACAAUGUUGAUCUGUGAUAAAUAAAAUGUUUUGCAAUA